UCAAGAACAAAGCAAAGAGUUGAAGAGAGAAGAAGAAGAAAAAAAAAGUAUCAAAUUUGUUUCUAUUUUCGCCGCGAAGAUUCUAUUUCUGAUCAUUUACACCCUCGAGAGUCACACCCGCCAUGUGUGGAGGAGCUAUUAUCUCCGAUUUCAUUCCACCGCCGAGGUCUCGCCGUGUCACUAGCGAGUUUAUCUGGCCGGAUCUGAAGAAGAAUGCGAAAGGAUCGAAGAAAAGCUCGAAGAAGCGUUCGAGUUUCUUUGAUCUUGACGAUGAGUUCGAAGCUGAUUUCCAAGGUUUCAAAGAUGAUUCUUUUGUCGACUGCGAUGAUGAUUUCGAUGUCGGUGAUGUCUUCGCCGAUGUGAAACCAUUUGUUUUCGGUGCAACUCCCAAACCCGCCGUCUCCGCCGCUGCUACCGCCGCCGAAGGUUCAACUUUUGGCAAGAAAGUUGCUGACGUUGUUGGAGAAGCUGAGAAAUCUGCAAAGAGGAAGAGGAAGAAUCAGUACCGAGGGAUUAGGCAACGUCCUUGGGGCAAAUGGGCUGCUGAGAUCCGUGAUCCAAGAGAAGGUGCUAGGAUUUGGCUUGGAACGUUCAAGACAGCUGAGGAAGCUGCAAGAGCUUAUGAUGCUGCUGCACGCAGAAUCCGUGGAUCUAAAGCUAAGGUGAAUUUCCCUGAGGAGAACCCUACCGUCUCUCAGAAACGCCUUGCCAAGGCUAGUCUUCAGAAACCUGUGGCUAAACCUAACCCAAACCCAAGUCCAGCUUUGGUUCAGAACCCAAACAACUCCUUUGACGAUAUGAGUUUCUUGGAGGAGAAACACCAAGUGAAUAACAACAAUCAGUCUGGCUUGGCAAACCUCAUCGAUGCUGGAGGUAAUGGGUAUCAGUAUUUCAGCUCAGACCAGGGUAGUAAUUCAUUUGAUUGUUCUGAGUUUGGUUGGAGCGAUCAAGCUCCAAUAACUCCUGACAUCUCUUCUGCCCUUAUCAACAACAACAACAACAGCCCAGCUCUAUUCUUUGAAGAAGCCAAUCCAGCAAAGAAGCUCAAGUCCAUGGAUUUCGAGACACCAUACAACAACACUGAAUGGGACGCUUCUUUGGAUUUCCUCAGCGAAGAUGCUGUAGCGACUGAGGACAAUGGUGCAAACCCUAUGGAUCUAUGGAGCAUAGAUGAGAUUCAUUCCAUGAUUGGAGGAGUCUUCUGAAGAGAUCCAUUCUCAUGUAAAUAAAGCUGCAUGUUAGUGAGUUUCCAUCAUCCGUUAUCAACCUCCAAAGACUUUCUAAUAUCUGUUACUUUUCAUCUUCUGCUGUCUCUUGUUGUCUCUCUCAGGAGUUGCUGCCCCGAAAGCUUGUUUGCAUUGCAAGAGCCAAAGAGCCUCUGUCUUGAUGGUGUGAUCAUGUUAAGUAGAGGCUUUAAUUUUAGGGGUUGUGUUCUUGUGGUAGCUUUUGUUAUAAACUAUUUAGUGAAUCUUUGAAUUCGUUUUGUGUUACUUUGUGCCCCAAAAAACUUGUUUAAAAUUCGUCAUCGUAACAUGUUUGAACCUCAUAUCUCUGUUUUAAUCAAAUAAAUAAUCUUCUGUGA